AUGGCUUUGAUCUCCACUGAUAAGGAGAAAGUGAAAAGAGUGGUUCCCAAAGGUUCCAAUAAGGUCAUUGAUGCUGCUGUUGCAAGAUUAUACAUAGCAUAUCCAAAUUCAAAUGAAUGGACAUAUACUGGUCUUUCAGGUGCAGUUAUAUUAGUUGAUGAUCUUGUUGGUCAUACUUUUUUCUUAAAAUUAGUUGAUAUUCAAGGUCAUAGAGGUGUUAUAUGGGAUCAAGAAUUAUAUUUGGAUUUCCAAUAUAAUCAAGAUCGUUCAUUUUUCCAUACUUUUGAAAUUGAAGAUUGUCUUGCUGGUUUAUUAUUUGAUGAUACAAAUGAUGCUUCACAUUUUUUGAAAAAAGUUCAUACAAGAGAAAAACAUGGUUCAAAGAAAACUGUUCAAAAUAAAAAUGCAAUUGCUUUACAGAAAAAACCUGAAGCUCCAAGAGCUCCCGGUCCAAGAGGUGAAUAUAUGAGUUCUGGAGGUGAACAAAGAAUUAGAAGAACAACUCAUGUACAAUAUUAUGAUGAUAAACCACCUCCAGAAUGGAGAUCUUUAUAUGCUGAAUUAGAAAGUGCUGGAAUAACUGAAGAUAUGAUUGCUGAUAAUAAAGAAUUUAUUAAAGAUUAUAUAAAUAAACAAGGUGGUCCAUUAGUUGGUUUAGAACCUCCAAUUCCAAGAAAAUAUCAAAAUCAAAAUCAAAAUCAAAGAAAUGUCUCUCAAUCUUCAAAUAAUACAACUUCUGGUUCAAUUAGAAAGAAAAAAGCACCACCUCCACCACCACCUUCUGGCUCUUCAAUUUCUCAUACACCUUCACCUGGUCCUGAUUCUCCAAUGGCUCGUUCAAGAUCAACAAGUGUUGUUUCAUCUCAUGCUGCACCACCAAAUCCUGUUCCAAGUGCACCUUCUCCAGCUCCACAGGCUCCUCAAGAAUCAAGUCCAGAACCAAAUAGACCUGUUCAUAGAGUUCCACCUCCAUUGCAACCUUCAAAUCAAGUACAUAACGUCCCACCUCCACCUCCACCAGCUACUUCAUCAUUCCAAUAUAAUCAACCUCCUCCAGCUUCACAACCACAACAACAAAAUCUUCCUCCAUUACCUCCACAAGCUGGUAGACCAACACCUCCAUUACCAACAGGUCAACGUCCAACACCUCCAUUACCUACUGGACAACGUCCUACACCACCACCACCAGUUGGAUCUCGUGGUCCUCCACCUCCAGCUCCUCCUCGUGCAGGUAUAUCAUCUCCAUCACCACCAGUCCCACCUCAAAGAUUUGGUCAAUCACCUCAACUUCCACCUCAACCAUUACAACCUCAACAAACUUCAGGUAGAGCACCACCUCCUGCACCACCUCCAAGAAGAGGCCCAGUGCCACCUGCACCUCCGUCAAGAUCAACUGGUGCUCCACCACCUGCACCUCCUCCAAGAAGAGGUCCAGCUCCAUUGGUUCCUCAAAGAACUCAACCUCAAGCUUCACCUCAAUUACCUCCACAACCACCAAGUUUACCACCUCAGCAACAACAACAGCAACAACAAUCAUAUCAACAAUCAUAUCAACAACCACCCCAACCUCCAGCAUUACCACCUCAUCAAACAAAUUCAGCUCCUCCUCCACCACCACCAUUACCUCCAACUACAACUGGAGGCCCACCACCACCACCUCCUCCAUUCCCAACUCAAUCACAACCACAAUCAACAGGUGGACCACCUCCUCCACCUCCAUUACCAUCACAAGGAUCAAGUGCACCACCUCCACCUCCAUUACCACAAGGAGGAAAUCAACCUACAUCAUCAACUCCUGCACCACCAUUACCACAACCAGAUGGUGGACGUGAUGCUUUAUUAGCUUCAAUUAGAGGUGCUGGAGGUAUUGGUGCUUUAAAGAAGACUGAUAAAUCACAAUUAGAUAAACCUUCAGUUAUAUUACAAGAAAGUAGAGGUGAAGUUCCAUCUUCAAAUUCAAAUUCUGCUGCUAUGGGAGCUGGUGCCGGUGCUGCAGGUGGUGGUUCUUUGGCUGAUGCUUUAGCUGCUGCUUUGAAUAAUAGAAAGCAAAAAGUUUCUAAAAGUGAUGAUGAAAGUGAUGGUGAAGAAUGGUAA